GUCAGAACAGGAUCAACAACAUGGGACUUGACCCAGUUGCGCGGGACGAAGAUGCCGAUGGAGCGAUGAUGACGAUGAUGCAGAACGAGGAAGGUUCGGACGUGUGGAGAAAGCGGUUGCGUGUGCAUGACAGUGUGGACGCCCGAAACCCCUUUGGAACAUGGUGCUCGGCCCAAGUGAUCGAGGCGACGCCGCAGUCCGUUGUGAUCCGAUAUCACGUCAUGAACCCUACCUGGGACGAGCGAUUGCCUCGAGAUUCCACGCGUCUUGCGACAACUUCGACCCAUGCAAAGAACAACGACCUGCCAAUCGCCGUGGGGACGCCCGUGCACAUCUUCGACACAACCACAUGGCGAGAAGCUCACGUCACAUGCACCCGCAUCGAUCAUUUGCGCGUCUUACCUGCAGAUUCUCCCACUGACAUGUGGGUGCCGUUCACUCCGCAGUUCGUCGCUCCCUCGGAGAAGCAACACGCCCGCCGCAUCCUUCUCUCGAACUCGUGUUUCGACCAGUACGUCCAUGCCUUGCACCGGAUGAACUUGCGUCUGCACGCUGUCGAGGGCGACGGCAACUGCCUCUUCCGCGCCGUGAGCCAUCAACUGUACGGAGACGACCAACAUCACGGCAUCGUCCGUCGAUUCUGCAUGGACUACAUGGAGCUGCAGCGGCAUUUCUUCGAACCGUUCAUCGUCGGCGACGCUUCUGCGUUCGACCGCUACGUCCGGCACAAGCGACUCGACGCCGUCUGGGGCGACGAUCCUGAGCUUCAAGCGCUGUGCGAACUGUACGACCGCCCCGCCCAAGUGUUUGCGUACGAUGCCGCGGCAGGCGCCAAGCAGCUCCGCGUGUUCCACGAUACGGUCACUCGUCCGCCGAUAUGCUUGAGCUUUUACGGCGGAGGACACUACGAUUCCGUGGUCGGGCCAUCGCAUGCUUCCAACUUUGUCAGGGACGUUCCCGGGGCGUUUGAAGCGAGGAAGGUUGCGAUGAUCCAGCAAAAGCAGUGGAGCUCGGAAGAAGCCACGGUGCUCGAGGUAAGACAAAAAGUGCAUCAGGACCUUUAACGGCUGUUUUGAUUGUAGCUGUCGCGAAAAGAGUUUGGCAAGUCGGCGCUGUCGUUGGACGCGGCGCUGUGUGCUUCCGUCGAGUGUUACGAGGCCGAAGUCGCCCGCAGCGUCGACGUGGCGGAGGUCCUGACGGUGCAAGCCGAGAGCGAACUGCACCACCUCCAAAAUGAGAUGUUGCGAAGUGCCGCGCAGCAGAGCGAGGACGACCUUCUCCAAGCGGCGCUGGAUGCGUCCAUGGACCCCUACCAACAUGAAUUCGAGGCGGCGCUGGCGCUGUCGGCGGACGGACUGCAUCAAGGCAUGUACAUGGAAGGAGCGCUUGACGAAGAAGACGAAGCGAUGCAGCAAGCGAUUCAAAUGUCCAUGAUGCAGUAGUCAGGGGGAGGUGUCAAGCAUGAUUAGUACAUUACAGACACGACUAGAUGGACCUAGCUCUUGGUGUGGACACAUUAGGUCAUCGACACGUCGUCGGUCACGUCCGCCACUUCCACGGCAUCGAUCUAAUGCACAGUGAGAUGAGACAAGGAAACUGAAUGGACGACGGACAUAAGGUUGCAACGCGGAGCCUU